AGUUGGGCCCCUGACGUACCAGUGCACUCUGGUUAGCUACGCACGCUUGGCGUAACAGUUAUGCACUCGCGCCGAGCUCAAGUCGUCCAGCUGCACUGGCACAGGGACGUGAGGUUGUGCUCUUUUGCAGGUGGAGCGCUUGCAUACCCCCAUAAGCAUAUUUCAAUAUCACCAAGACAGUGAGCAAGUUUUUUCGUUCUUUGGGAACCGAAAUGUUAACGAGGGGACAGUGAGAAUCUACCGCAUUUGUCACUAAUGCUGGCUUUACUGGCUGGUGUUUUACAGCGGGGAGGAGGCUGUAACAUAGCGCAAGAUAAUCUGUGACAGUCAAUAUAUUUGCAUGAUUCCCACUGAGGUCCUCUCAUAAACGCCAGACUGGUGAGAACGACAGCUGCGUUUACGGUUUUCGUCAGAGACGCGUGUCGAUGGACGGGGCGCUUUUUCUCAUCAUACGAGUGCAGAACAAUUCAGAACAUUUGUAUCGCAUCAUUGUUGAAAUCACUCUUGGAUAUUGCUACAAACUGUAGCCUUUACUGUUCUCAUUUGGAAUCAGGAAUACACACUAUGGAUAACUAAGGAUCGGUAACAUAAGGUGUUCAUCAAUAACAUUUGGGACACAGACACAGCAGACUCCGUCGGGUGUAGGAUGUAGGGAUGAUCCCUGUUCCGCGCUUUAAGGGUCAGCCGCAGCUGUGGCAGAUGAAUGCAGAGCCGCUUCCUUGGGUAUGGAUGAUCCCCAGCAGCUCGGGAUUGUGCCGGGUGGGUGCCGUUGUUCCCGCUCCGCUCUUGCUCUCAGCUCGCCCACCUCCGCUGCUGCAGGGGCUCUCUAGCUGGCAGCUGUCCUGUGAUCCGUUCAUUCCUUUCAUAAGAAUACCCCCACCUACAGAGCCAGCCAUCAAUCAGUUUCCACUUCCAAAUGUCCAGUUCGAUCUACCAUCGAGGCACCAUGUUAUGGGAUUCCAGCCAUCCAGAAGUGUGGAGUUGGUGCCCAUCUUUCCCCGUGUGUACCGAUCGGUGCUCCCUCCACAUUUUAGAAAGGGCUGGGUUGAAAAGAGGGUCCCGGAAUAUAAGGUUUACCUAAACAACACCCUCGCUCUGGAGACCACCUGGUUAGGUCCCGAAGAAAUAGGAAUUUUCCAGAGGCAGGAGAAACCACUGCUGGUGACAAAUCAAAUGGCAAUGAGCAGAUCUAGGCCAGCUUCUGCCUCCAGGAAUUUCCACACUCUGCUGUUGUCACCGCGCCGCAUAUCAGGCUGUCCGGUGGCUAUUAAGCGAGUGCGCAGCAACAAGAGGAUAGCUCUGGCGGCGGCGGCCAUGAUGGCCAUGGAAUCCGAGGUGGCCCGGGGGCCCUCAGCCUCCUCAGCCCACCCCCUCCACCUCCUCUCCCUGCCCAUCAAGAUCCCCUUCCUCUCUCCUCACAGCCCAGGUAAGCCCCUUCCUUUCUCUCCUGCUUUGGCGGUACAUCCUGACCUGAUUGGGAAGAUUGCGGAGACUAUAAUUAGCAUGGGGUCGCUUUUUUCCCUCCCCUGCUAAGGUUGUGAUAUUCUAAUUGGUCGAUUGUACUUGCAAAUGCUUUGGGUUAUGCAAAUGACGCAUUGAGCAGCUAAUGUUUGUUUUUAUUUGCGAGGCGGUACAGCUGCAGGUUUUUACCCAUCCAUGGUUUCAGGUUGAGCUCAGAUACGCCAGUGAGUUGGUUUAAUGAGAGCUGGUAUCUCCAGGUGACUGGUAGAUCGCAGCGCGGCAUACAUUGUUGUGGCCAACCUCAAAGCAGUGAACUUUCUCACGGCUUGUUGACUUUUUUUUUCACACGAGUAAACGUCACAAGCUGAAGGACCGUCACAAGCUGAAGGGCCAUCUUGUUGUAAGUGUGUGUUCUGGAGCCGGGGCUUUUGGGCACACUGACCCUGGUGCUUCUCCCCAGAUGAAAGAUAAGAGGUGGGAAUUUCUCUCAGCUGAAGUGGACGCGUUUAAAUCAAGGGUCAGCGUGUAAUGACUGAAUGAAGAGAAAGGAUUGAGUGGGAUGGUUCCUUCGCCAGAGGAGUCAGGCCAUGGCUGUGUAUCUCUCAUUUCCACCCUUUGUUCCCUCCCUCUUUCAUUCUGUUCUCUCCUCUCAUACAAAUGGAUAGAGAUACUUUUUAUUUUUUUUCACCUCAGCUUUUGUAUGUGUGUUCCUGAUUCACCAUACAAAUACAGUAGAUGGCCACUGAUUCACCAUACAAAUAGAUGGCCGCUGAACCAAGACUGCAGACUGUGCUGAAUGCAAAUAAAGGGGAAAAAAGGUGGGGGUAGAGAAAGAUAGAUAGAGAGGGAAAGAGGAAGAGAAGAACAAAA